UUUUGGCUUAUUUCAUACACUGCCAACACUCUCGUACUUAUUUUAGAAUGUCACAUAGCGGUAUUUCCGAUAGCAUUCACACGAUAGAUGUCACACGAACCGAUAGCGUUCAAGGGAGAUAAUCGAACAAACACUCUUCUGCAAUGGAGAUUCAUAAAUGUGUCCGGGGAACACUCGAAAAGCAAAUGUUGUAGUAUUCGGAGAAGUUGUGUGACAGUCCUGAAAGAUAUAUAUAUGAUUUGGAGAGAGGGUACAGACGGGUACGAUGACAAAAACACUUCAACAUUUUACCAUGAAAUCAGAGAUUGUUACAUGGGCGGUGAGAAUAAUAUCUCAGACUAAAAUCAAGUCCCAAUCAUACAGUGAAACACGCCCACGAUUUCCGAUAGUGUAAUUUGACAGUGUUGACCAGAAACGAAGCAAAUGAAUCAAUGAGAUUCCAGGAUGGUGACGAGAAUAUUUUCCAAUGUGGUUGCAGAUAUUGACAAAGAUCUACAAGGGAAAUUUCCCACAGACUUUGAUUAUCAUGCAAUGGUGAGAAAAGUCAGCGAGGACGCUGGGGUGGAGAUUCAGACAGGGAAUGGUGGUGAUAGUAAACACAUUUCUCUGCAUGGUGUGUGGGUCGCUAUGGAGAAGGUCCAUAGCCUGCUUGCUACAGCAUUGGCAGUGUACGGAGCCAGAGUGGUCCCAAGGAAUACGCCUUCACCAUCACCCACACAAGAUUUUCACAGCCAAUCAAGUGUAUUUCUAAAAUCUGGAUCAUGUACUGCCGCAGAAGAAAACCACAUUUCACAACAGGACACACUCACUCCAGUUACCCAAAGUAAGACAGAAGUUACUGCAUCAAAUCAUGAUAGGAUGGAACUAAAGGGAGAAUGUGACACAGGUGAGACUGUCAUGAAAGCUAAAUUUAGAAAGCAUGUGAAGAAGAGGAAAGCAAUAAAAUCACUCACGUUACCAAAGUCAGAAUCAACUGCCACUAGUACCACAACAAAAAACCAUACACAACAUGUAACAGACUUCACCAAUAACUGUUCAGCUGAUGAAUCUGAACCUGAAAAUGUUGAAAGUAUGAACAUGGAAAGUGUUGAAGCGACCGAGCAGUCGGUCAAGCGGAAACGAGGACGUCCUAGAAAGCAUUCUCCUGGUCUUCCAAGUCAAAGAAUAUUCACCAAAUUCAGAUCCAAAUUCAAUCACAGGAAAAAGUAUACAAGGUUAAAGCGAACUAUACAUGAUGAUGGAGUGAAAUUAAGUAGAGGAAGGGGUCGACCUCGAAAGUUCCCUGAAGGAGAUCCAGAGGAAUUUCCUUGCCCUGAAUGUGAUUUUGUUGCCAAAAAUCGGAACACACUUGGAGAUCACCGGCAUAGAGUUCACCUUGCUAACCCAACCAAAUGUGAUAUAUGUCACAAAGUCUUCCCUAACCGUCGGUACAUGAAGCGUCAUCGUGCAUCUCAUGUUGAGCCACAGCAUUGUUGUGAUGUUUGUGGGAAAAUGUAUAAAAUCCGAAAAGCAAUGCAGGAGCAUAAGAAGACUCACGAGGAAGGAUACUCGAGGCCGACAUUUCAGUGUGGUAUGUGUCCAAAGUCAUUCUGUAGUAAUUACAUUCUUUCAUGCCACGUGAAAUCUGAACAUUUGGGUCAGAAGAAGAGCUUUCUGUGUUCAGUGUGUGGCAAGAGCUUUACAACUAAACAUUCACUGCAAGAGCAUUCAAAUGCUCACACUGGUGCUAAACCUCACAUAUGUGAAGUGUGUGGUAAAGGAUUUUGUUACGAAUCUGCGCUACGAGAUCAUAAAUAUGUUCAUAUUGGUGCUAAGCAAUUUAUCUGUGAAAUUUGUAGCAAAGGAUUCAGUCAAAGAUCUGGUUUAAAAAUGCAUAUGAGAAUUCAUGAACAAAAAAAGCAGUUUGUGUGUAGUGACUGUGGGCGUGAGUUCACACAAAAACAAGCUCUUCAGAGACAUGAGAGGGUUCACAAGGGAGAUAAGCCAUUUAUAUGUAAGCUGUGUUCCAGGACUUUCAGUGAUGCUUCAAUCAUUCGUCGCCACAUGAUUUUGGUUCAUAAAAUCCACAAAGAUGCCAAAACAUGGAGAGAAGACAUAAUAUGCAAAGUGCAAGGGGCUCUGAAUUACCAUGUUGAGAAAAUAUCGGAAAUCGAGGAAAAAAUUGAUCAUCAAGAUUCAACGGCUUCUACUGAGAUGGAUGUUCUUGCUGCAGCAGCUAAGGCUGUAGAAUUACCACUGGCAGAUGGACCUGGCUCUCCAGAGGUGGUGAGACCUUCCAACUCGGGGUACAGUGUGUACAAAUCUGAUGUAUAUGCUGAUGUUAGCCUGUCGAACCCUGGUUUACAGGAGGAACAUAGUGUUGAUCAGUCAGGUCACAGAAGCAUCCAUCCUGCUUCAUCCUCCUCAUCUCAGUGGUAUCCUUCUCUCAAACCAGAACUCAACCAGCUGCAGAAGCCGGACUUCACUCAUGAUAAACAUGAUUCCAGCUCCUACCUAGAAACACCGCACACAGAACAGCAGCAUUCUCAGACAGCCUACAUAGACACCCCAAGUCGGCCACACAGCCAUGAAGCUUUGCAGCAGAAGAGUCAAGACCAUGAAUUACCUGUGGAAGGGCAGAUGGGUAGAACAGAUAGUCCUGCACAUCCGUAUCUACCUCUCCAGCAGGAUUCCAGAUUUACCAGUAACCAUAACAACCGCUACACCCAUGAUGCACAUGUUGACAGAGGUGCUCAGUACACAACAGAUACCUGCCAAGAUGGCAGCAGUCUCCAUGCAACGUUUGUGUCUGAUCCUGAGAAAAUUGACAACUCGAUCCAUUACCCUGAACCCUCAAACCGAGGAGACAGAGUGCCCCACUAUUCUUCAGUGAACCGAGACAGAGGGGUCAGACAAGCUCAGUACCCCCAGGAGAGCCCAGAUGAGCGACCCUCCCCCUACCCCCCAGACACUCCCCCAACACGGACUGACCCAUCUACAUCUGGCAGCAGCAGUAACAACUUCCCUACCUCGCCCCAACCAUGGCCCUCCAUGUAUGCAUACUAUUCUCACCUUGCCAACCAGUUUGGGAUGACCCUAAGUGACUAUGCUUACAUGGCAAAUCCAGGGAAUUCUCAUCAGUAGUGUUUGCUAUAUGUGUUUACUCUCUAUAGUGUGCUAUGGUGGAAAUCCACAACUAGCUACUGACAAACAAGGAUACGUUGAGCACCGACCUGACAAUUGACCCGAAUUAGCAUGUAUGAGUGCUGCCCACUGUCGCUUGCCAUUGUUAGCGAAGGGGCCCCAGGUU